CGACCAUCCUGUCUGUAGGAUGCUUUUUUAACCUUCCAUCAACUCUUCCAACUCUUGACUUGCGUUUCAUUCAACUUUGCACUCUUCAUUAAAUUCACCUUGAUCAUUUCUCUUUUCUUUUCCUCUAUCAAUAAAUAACAGGGAUUGACAACAAAGUGGACGCCUUAAAAGGACAAAAGAGGAGAAAGGAUAUACUGAACUGACUUGUUAUACGACCUUUUUCUCCUCUCUCCCGCUCAUUCACUCUUGCGCUACAACUUCCCUGUUCAUUUCUCCCUGUCUGGCCCCAUUCGGGCAUUUUUAUCUGCCAAUUGUGGCCUGAUAAUCAACAGCACUGUCAACAGUAAAAGUAGACAUGACAUCUUAUCUACCCUGGUAUCUGUCUUACUCUCUCGCGGCUGCAGCCGUUGCGGUGUUGAGUGGCGGAGCCUUGCUCUAUCAUUAUCAAUGCGAAAUCAUUUAUCCCGCCAACUUUCCGGAAGGCUCAAGAAAACAUGUGGCAAAGCCGUCGCAGUAUAACUUGCCAUAUGAAGACCUUACGCUGAUCACACCAGACAAGGUUAAGAUCAAGGCAUACCUAAUUAAACACCCUGAUGACAGUAUCGCUCGCAGAAGACCCACUAUUCUCUACCUUCACGCGAAUGCCGGCAAUAUGGGCCACAGGUUAUCAAUCGCGGAAGUCUUUUAUAAACAGUUUGGAUGCAAUAUAUUCAUGCUUUCUUAUCGUGGGUACGGACUGAGUGAAGGAAGUCCAUCAGAAAAGGGUCUCAAGAUAGAUGCAAAGACUGCGCUUGACUACAUCAAGAAACAUCCAGUGAUUGCAGAAACCAAGUUGAUUGCAUACGGUCAAUCUAUUGGAGGCGCGGUUUCCAUUGACAUUGUCGCUAAUAAUGAGGAAGCAUUUUCGGGACUGAUAAUUGAAAAUACGUUUUUGAGUCUGCGCAAGGUUAUUCCGCAUGUGCUGCCAAUGAUCGCACGAGUAGCCUUUCUAUGUCACCAGAAAUGGGAUUCUGAAAAGAUGAUCAGGGGCAUUACUCGGUUGCCGGUCCUGUUUCUAUCGGGUCUGAAAGACGAACUUGUACCACCUUCACAUAUGAAAGAACUAUAUCGAGUCUUGGAUACUACAGGAGAAGUGGUCUGGACAGAGUUCCCAAAUGGGACCCAUAACGAUACAUGUCUAAAGGAUGGAUAUUUUGAGGCAAUCAAGAAAUUUCUGAAUGGAAUUACGGCAAAACAGGAAUGAGUCCAACAAUUGGAUUUAAAAAAAAAAAAAAAAAAAA